AUGCUGUGGCCACCGCGGCGCCUCGACAUGCGCGCCGCCAUGCUGGGCGGCACGUUCCUUUGGAGCGUCAUGCAGCUGCGGUACGACUACACGGGCAAGUCGUCGCUGCACCGCCUGCAGACGAGCGUGGCCAACAUGGAUCCGGCCUCCUCGGCCCCCAGCGAGCGCUAUGCCGAGACCCAGCGCCUCAUCCGCGAGGAAAAGGCCCGCCGCGAGCGCGCCCGGGAGCUCAGAGCCCAGGGGCUCAGCGACGAGGAUAUCCGACGCGUGCAGGAGCUCGAAAGGCGGACAAAGGCGGCGGCGGCACCACAGAAGGGCGAAGGAGAGAGGGGCACACUGGAGACCAUCUGGAUGGGCGAUGCGCAGGAUGACUGGAAGGAGAAGCGGGCACAGAAGGAGCGCGAGGCCCUGCAGGAGGGCGGCGGCGGCAUCUGGGGACUGAUCUCGGAGCAGAUCUCAGACGUGUUUGGCCAUGGCGAGAAAAAGGCACAGGAGGAAGCCGCGAGGCGAAAGAAAGAGAAUGGCAACGGAGAGAACAAGCCGUAA